AUGGUAUCCAAAGUUAAAAAACCAAUCCCAGUCACUCUACUUUCUGGAUUUUUAGGUUCCGGUAAGACAACUUUAUUGGAACACAUAUUGACUGCUAAACAUGGAUUGAAGAUUGCGGUUGUUAUUAAUGAUAUGUCAUCUUUAAACAUUGAUGCUGCUUUAAUUUCUGAUCAUAAGGUUACCAAGAAACAGGAAAAGCUUAUUCAAUUGCAAAAUGGUUGUAUUUGCUGCACCUUGAGAGGUGAUUUAUUGGAAGAGCUUGUAACUUUAGCAAGAUCUGGUAAAUACCAAUAUAUUGUGAUUGAAAGUACAGGUAUUAGUGAGCCAAUGCAAGUUGCUGAAACAUUCACAACAGAAUUCACAGAGCAAUUAUUGAAACAAAAUAUGGAAGAUGAAGCCGUGAGUCAAGAUGAAACAAAAAUUUUGAAAGAAAUUAUUGACGCUGGUGGAUUGACUAAACUAGCAAGUUUGGAUACCUGUGUAACCGUUGUUGAUGCUGUUAAUUUUAUUGAGAAUUUUGAGACAACUGAGUUUUUAGCUGAUAGAUAUGGGGAAAAUGGACAAGGUGAAAAUGAGAGGACCAUUACUGAUUUAAUGGUUGAUCAAAUUGAAUUUUCUGAUGUUAUUAUCAUCAAUAAAAGUUCCUCUGUUUCUAAAUCAACAAAAACCAAAAUUGAAAAGAUCAUCAAAAACUUGAACCCAGUUGCUAAAGUCAUAACAACAGAUUAUUCAAAGGUCGAACUAAAUGAAAUCAUUAACACUGGGAAAUAUGAUUUUGAUAAAGCGUCUAGUUCUGCUGGUUGGUUGCAAAGUAUCCAAGAAAUGACAUUGAGGGAUGGGAAGUUUGGUGAAGAUCAAAAAGGCAGAUUGGCUCCAAAACCUGAGACUGAAGAAUAUGGAAUAAAUAAUUUUGUCUAUACUUCCAGAAAGCCAUUCCAUCCAAAAAGAUUAUACGAAUGUAUAAGGGAUAAGUUCUUAGUUAUAGAACAAAAUGCUUAUAUUGAUGAUGAAGAGGAUGAUAAAGAAAACUUGCAAAAUGAAUCGAAUGAAGAAAGUGACUCUGAAGAGGAGAAUGCUCAAUCUGAUGAAGAAGAUGAGGAAAAUGGUCAAUCUGAUGAAGAAGAUGAUGAUCCUGAUCAAGAUGAAGACGAUUUCACACAGCAAGAAAUUAUAGCAAACAAAAAAGCAUCACCAUUUGGUCCAUUGUUGAGGUCAAAGGGUUUCUUUUGGUUGGCUUCAAGAUAUAUUGUUAGAGGUGAAUGGAGUUCUGCAGGUGCAAUGUUAACUUUAAAAGGUGGUAUUCCAUGGUUUGCAAUAACUGGAGAACAAUUUUGGCCUGAAGAUCCAUUAGCAAGACAGUUGAUCAAGAAAGAUUAUCAUGGUAAAUACGACGACAGACGUCAAGAACUUGUCUUCAUUGGACUUUCAAUUGAUCAGAAAGCCUUAACAAAAGAGUUGGACUCCUGUUUGUUAACAGAUUUAGAGUUUAAAACUUUUGAGAAAAUAACCGAUUCUAAAAAGAAUAUAAUUGAAAUUGAAAAAGCUUUGCAAAAAGAAUUUGAAGAUGGGUUUGAAGAUUGGAUUAAAUUUGAUGAUGAUGAUGGUGGUGAUGAUGGUGAUGUUGAUGAAAAACAAAUUGUCGACACCAUUAAAGAAAAAUCAAAUCAUGGCCAUGAUCAUACACAUAAUUCAACAACAAAGGCUAACAUUCAAAAUUAG